UAAAAAUGGAAUGUGGAUUGAGUACUAGUUACACAAAUGGUUCAACACCAUCGUCAGGUAUUUUGGCACAUGAAGUGCGCUCACAGCGAUCUCCGUCAAAGGCCGGCCUACACGUAAACUUUAGUGAUAAAGGGGAAGUAAAAGAAAGGAGAGAAAAAUUUCUUACUGCCAAAUACGGAAACCAUCAAAUGAGCCUAAUAAGGAAACGACUAGCCGUUGAAAUGUGGCUUUACGAAGAACUGAAGAAACUGUACGAAACAUCGCCCAAAAUAGAAGACUGCAACAGUGAAGAGGUAGAAGUCGAUAUAGACGAACUUUUGGAUAUGGACAACGACGAACAAAGGAGACGACAUUUACAGAGCUUACUCACUGGAGCAAAGAAAUCUCAAAACGAUGUAAAGAAAUUCAUCAAUGACUUAUUAGAUAAGGCGAAAACACUUUAAGUAAGGAGCACGCACCAAAAAUUCUCAAAAUCAGGCUAUCGGCUGCCCUUUUUUGCACACCAGAAAAUAAGUUUGUAUGCGUCGAUGUGUGUCAUUACAACAGCCAAGUUUUAGAGAACGUUUUUUGUGUUUUUUACGACCUAAACGAUUAGCGUAUGGUUACAAUCGUCUUAUUGUUAAGUAGAAGAAUAUUAUUGGCAAAGUUGAGGCCUUAAAAAGUAGGACACUAACUUAAUACACACACGUAUAGUAAAGAAGGCCACUGUAUUGUAGACAGUUAAAUAAUUUGCAGUAACUACAAAUGAAUUAGUUUCUUUGUAUUUUAAAAAGGAUAAUUCACUAAAUAAUUGAACGCAUAAAUAAUGUAUAGAUAACUAUUGAAUUUGGAUUAUUGUCUGAUUUCGUUUGUUAUAAUGUAAUUUUUCUAAUAUUUAAUAUUAUUAUUGUGUAAUUAUUUAUGUAAUAACCAAAAUGUUAGUUUUGUAAUUUCUUCAUUGUGUAUUUAAUUUUACUUUUUUUCUGACUGUUGAUCACGAGUACAACGACUUAUUCAUGAAUGUUUCAUCAUGGGAUACAAAUUAAUUGUUGUUUCAUGUACAUUGUACAUUAUUAUUACAUACAUAUUUCGUUUCUCGAAUCAAUUAAGUUAUGGAAUUAAUACCAAAUACCAAAUUCAACGCAUGCUUGGCUUGCAAGCUAUGCUGCAAAUAUAAUAGUUAUUACUACAUCCACAUCAAAACCACACCACAAGCACGUGUACA